CGUCGCGUUCUGUUCUAGCAGUGAAGGUUCAAUCGACGGCAAGAUUUUGCUGCAAACAAUCGACUUUGACGGCAAGGUUUUACUAUGUUCAACAAUCGACAAUGACUGACACUACAGCCAAGAAUGGAUCCAAAACGGAAAAGAGAGAAAUAGGUAUCCUUAAGACAACAGAUCCGGAUUCACCCUAUUUUCUCCAUUCCAGUGAUGAUCCAGGGAGGGUCUUAGUCACGACUCCCUUGACCGGGGAGAAUUACCACACGUGGAGAAGGAGUAUGCAGAAUGCCUUAUUUGCAAAGAACAAGAUGGGGUUUGUUGAUGGGAGCCUUAAGAGACCAAACGCAGAUUCUCCAGAGUAUCAGGCUUGGACAAAGUGCAAUUUUAUAGUGCUUUCAUGGUUACUUAAUGCUCUCUCUAGGGACUUGCAGGGAAGUGUGGCCUAUGUGGAGAGUGCUGCUGAGGUUUGGAAUGACUUACAUGAACGCUUCUCACAAGGAAAUGCAUCUCGGCCUAUAUGGGAUGAACUACAAGCAAAUGAGCCAGUGCCGACAUGCACUUGUGGUUGUACAUGUGGUGUAGCAAAGGAGUAUAUGAAGAUCUUAAGCACAGAACCCCUCCCAUCACUGAAUAAGGUGUAUGCAAUGACUACCAAAGAGGAGAAGCAACAAGCAAUGGCUGCAUCUAGAAGUCCAAUUAUAGAAGCAACAGCCUUGGCAGCAAAGAUGAAUCACACUGGGAAAUCUUCCAUGUCAGGGAAGCCACGCUGUGAUCAUUGCAAGAAGGUUGGUCAUACUAAAGAGAGAUGCUAUGAAAUCAUUGGAUACCCAGUUGGUUGGAAGAUAGGGCCAGCCAAAAUGAAGGGAAAGGGGGAGCACCAAAAGAGAUUCACUGGAUCAAUCACUAGGGAUGUCAACGGGGCCCCGCGGGGCCGGGGACCCCUUCCCCAUCCCCGUCCCCGUGACUCACGGGGACGGGGAUCCCCACGGGGAUUUUUUACGGGGGGCAGAUUUUGCCCCCCGUCCCCGUUCCCCGCGGGGAAUGGCGAUCCCCGCGGGGAUCCCCAUUCCCCACGGGGAACGGUAGCAACAGCAAUGGCAGCAGAUGGCAGCAGAUGGCAGCAGAUGACUUCGUUGCAGCAGCAAAUCGCUCUAGCGGCAGCAAAGCAGAUGGAUCCGAUCCGGCAGCAGGCCAGCGGCAGCAGACCAGCGGCAGCAAAGCAGAUGGAUCCGGUCUGACAGCAGGCCAGCGGCAGAGCAGAUUCAUACAAGCAUGAAUCACUAAAUAUCAUUCACUUUU